AUGGAUCUUAAUCUUAGUGAUGCUAUUGGUAUUGAUUCUAGUAAGAGACUAAAUGAGGGAGAUUCAACUGCAGGUUUCGCUCAUAGGGUAAUUAAAGAUGCAACUGUUUCAAUACCAAAAAAUCCAUUAUAUGAUGAUUCGAAUUUACGUAGUGCCAUUCAAAAUCCAUCUGAAGAUAUCAAAUUAGAUUCAGCUAAAUCAGUAAAUGUUCUUCAUAAAAAGUCGUUAAGUUUUUUUCAGUUAGUUAUGAUUUUUAUUUAUUUCCUUCGUUUUGCGAGAGCUCACUCUCCUAAUUUGAAAGCUAAGCAUAAAGAGAGAGUUAGGUUGCAGAAUAAAUGGGAUAAUAGGGAUAAAAAGAUGAAAGGUGAUCGGGAAAAGAUGGAGAAAAAAUGGGAUGAAAGGAAACAAAAAGAAAAUAGAGAAAAGGAAGAGUUAAAAAAAAAAGAAGAGGAAAGAAAAAAAAAGACAAAUAAUGAGAUGAAAGAAUUUAAUAUGAAAUGGAAUGGAGAAAAAGAAAGAGAAAAUGAUUCUGAAGAUAAAUCCUUGCAAAUUUUGAAUUCUUUGAGAGCAAGUGGAAAAAAUAUUGAGUCCUUGAAUAAACCAAGUACAAGCCAAGCAUGUAAUAAAACUGUUAAAAAAAAGGAAAAUAAUAAUAUGCCUUCGGAUAAUAAAGGAGAAAAAUUGAAAGAAAAAUCCUCCAAUAAACUAAAUUCAGAACUUGAACGUGAAAAAAAGAGAAUAGAAACGUUCUAUCGUCAAAUGUUUCAAUUAGAUGAGAAAUGGAAAAAAUAUGAAGAGGAUUGUAUAAUGAUGAAUGAAAGGAAAAAAGAAGAAAGAAAAAAAUUAGAAGAAAUAAGAAGAGAAAGAAAGAAAAAACACGAACAAGAAAUGCUAAAAGAAAAUGAAGAAUGGAAAAAGAGCAUGAUAGAAAAAAAUAAAGAGUGGAAAAUGAGCAUGAUAAAAAAAAAUAAAGAGUGGGAAAAGAGAAUGCAAAAAGAAAAGGAAGGGGGGGAAAAUGGAGUGCUAAAAGAAAUGGAAGAGUUGGAAAAGAGAAGGCUAAAAGAAAUGGAAGAGUUGGAAAAGAGAAGGCUAAAAGUAAUUGAACGGUUGGAAAAGAUAGUGCUAGAAAAAAAGGAAGAGUUGGAUAAGAAAAUGAUUAAAAAAAAGGAAGGGUUGGAAAAGAAAUUGCUAAAAGAAAAAAAAGAAAAAAAAGAAAAGGAAGAAGGGGAAGAUAGAAUGCAAAAAGAAAAGGAAGAGUGGGAAAAGGAAAUGCAAAAAGAAAAGGAAGAGUGGGAAAAGGGAAUGCAAAAAGAAAAGGAAGAGUGGAAAAAGAACAUAAAGGAAAAAAACGAGAAGUGGGAAAGAGAAGAAAAUAUGAAAGUUAAUGAAGAAGAAAGUGAGUUUAAUUUAAAGUGGAAAAAAGAACUUGAUAAGAUAAAAGUAUAA